AUGGAGACUCCUUUUAUUGCAAACGUUGAAGAAUUUGAAAAAAAGAAAGAAGAAAAUAAUUUAGUUGUUUACUUUUGUGCAAAAUGGUGUGGCCCUUGUUGUGCAUUUCAACCAAUAUUUGAUGAAAUAGUUUCAACUAGUCAUUCUGGAAAGACUUUUGUUAAAGUUGAUGCUGAUGAUGGCGAAGAAAUUUUAUUAAAAUAUGAUGUCAGUUGUGUACCAACGUUUAUAUUGUUCAAAGAUAACGUGGAAGUCAAGAGAUUAAAUGGAACAAACAGAAAAGAGGUGGAAGAAUUAUUUGAGUUAUUUUAA